AUGACAUUGGAAGAAGGAAGGAAGUAUUUGGCCAAGAAGGACUAUGAAAAGGCGGAAGCCCAGUUUUUGGCGCUAUUAGCAACAGAGAGUGCUGCAGAUGGGCCAGUUAACACGAAGGAAGCGCAAGAGAAGGAGCAGGCCAUUUUGGAAUUGGGUACUAUAUAUGGGACAACUGGCCAAUCGCAGAAACUUGCCGAUCUUGUGCCUCGUUCGCGUGAUAUGAUGAUGAAAUUGGCGAAAUCGAAGAUUGCCAAGGUUCUAAGGGCAUUGCUUGACGAUUUCGAUAUGAUUCCAGAUUCGUUAGAUACCCAGAUCAAGAUCUGUCAGGAUUCCAUAGACUUUGCCUCUAAGGAGAAGAGAAUCUUUUUAAAACAUUCUUUGUCGAUCAGAUUAGCCACUUUGUACUACCAAAAAACACACUACAACGAAUCGCUUCAAUUGAUCAACGACUUGUUGCGUCAGUUCAAGAAGUUGGACGACAAGACGUCUUUGCUUGAGGUUCAUUUGUUGGAAUGUAAGGUAUACCACAAGCUCAGAAAUAUGGCAAAGUCGAAGGCCUCGCUAACGAGUGCAAGGACGUCGGCAAACUCUAUCUACUGUCCAACUUUGACGAUGGCCGAGCUAGAUCUCAUGAGUGGUAUAUUGCAUUGUGAGGAUAAGGACUAUAAAACUGCGUACUCAUACUUUUUCGAAUCGUUUGAAGCGUUCCAUAGCCAGACAGGGCCAAACACUUUUGAUAAGGCAUGUCAGGUGUUGAAGUAUAUGCUUCUUUCCAAAAUUAUGUUGAAUUUAAUCGACGACGUUAAAACAAUACUAAAUGCAAAAUAUACAAAGGAAACCUACCAGAGUCGUGGCAUUGAUGCCAUGAAGGCAGUUGCAGAGGCAUAUAACAACAGAUCUCUUUUGGAGUUUAACACCGCCAUGACAACUUAUAAGGAAGAAUUGAUGGGCGAUGAACUCAUCAGAUCCCAUUUCAACGCAUUAUACGACACACUUCUUGAAUCUAACCUAUGUAAGAUCAUCGAACCAUUCGAAUGUGUGGAAGUAUCGCAUAUCUCUAAAAUCAUUGGGCUUGAUGCUCAACAAGUUGAAGGAAAGUUGUCACAAAUGAUCUUGGAUAAAGUAUUUUAUGGUGUCCUUGACCAAGGAAACGGAUGGUUGUACAUCUAUGAUACUCCUCAACAAGAUGCUACAUAUGAUUCGUCAUUAGAGCUUAUCAACCAACUAAACGGUGUUGUAGAGCAACUCUUUGAGAAAGCUGCUGUAUUGUAUUGA